AUUCCAUUCCCAGUUCUGUCUCUUUAGUCAUAUCUUAGGUUUCGUCGUACGCGGUGGUGAAUUACCCACUCUAUCUAUCGGCUCCUCAGCAACACGUCUGUCUGUUUGCUCGAUCGAAUAUAGAAACAUAAAUAAAAAGAAAAUAGAAAAAAAAGUAAAAGAUACAUCAUCAUCAUCUUUACUCGAAGAACAUUCUAAUGAAUGAAGAAACAAGUUACCAUAGCAAUUGCUAAUUAGCUACCUGUGUACAUUUUCUUUUUAAACUUUAAACUUUUGAAGAUCCACCGAUCGUAGCGAUCGAUGAUGCUUGAAAUCUGAGUUUAGUGUAAAAAUCGCAGAAAUCUCUUUUAUUGAAUAAAAUCAAUGCCCCUCGGAAUAUGUGUAUACCUACCUGAUACCUGCGGUUUUCAAGAAUCUGUAAUUAAAUUUCUGGAAUAAGAUUAAAUAAGCUUGAAGUUGUAGUGUGUAUUGCAAAUAAUUCCCACGGAAUACCUACCUUCUCUGUGAGGGGAUAUGUUCUUAGAAGUUUUAUAUAUUUUAAAGUGCUUCGAGAAUUAUUUAUCUAUGGGAAAUAACAAUUCAUUCCAGAAAGAAGCUUAAAAAUUAUGGAUCACUUGCACGAUGUAAUGCUGUGAAAUAUAUCGAAAACAUGCAACAUGAAUAUAGCCGUCUUAGCAAAAAAUCUACGCCGUUCUUCAAUAAGAAUAAUGACCUUACAAUUAAUUAUAAUAAGAGAAAGAAGCAAAUUCCGAAAAGCAAAUAAAUAAACUAACAAAUGUUGAAACAUAUGCCUCCAAUACAACCACCGGGACAACCUCGUCCACAUGCCAGAGGCCUUCAUCCGAGGCCUCAGCAGCCGUUAAACAUAUCGACUUUAUCUACAUCAUCUAUACCACCGAAAAAUAUUGCAAAUGGAGGUCCAAGAUUGACAAAUUUACUUAAUAUAGCCCCAACUACUCCAACAAGUAUUAGCAAUAAUCUUAAUUUACUUGCAACCAACGCCAACGGUUGUAAUAAUCCCUACAGUAAUUGCAAUAACUUUACUUUGGGUUAUCAUCCAAAACAAGGUCCAGGUGUACGUGAAGCCCUUACUAGUUUAGGUCUUCUUUGUCUAGUUUCGUUAUUAUUGGCACUAUUGUCACUUAUCUUCUUAUUGAAAAUUUCACCCGGGGGAAGGGAGAUCCCGCCACAACCUCCAGGCCCAGCGACUUCUGAGGAUUACAUUAUUGUUUACGAUGUUACUUUGGCUCUAUGUGCAUUGUCAUUAUCGCUUAAUUUGUGCUGCUUACUUGUAUGUGCCAUUCAAUUCCUUUUUGCAGUUAAGUUAAUAAGAGGCUCUACUGCAAAUGGAAGAUUUUGUUACAGGAGUAACAAAUAUUUGCAAAAAUCAAGUGUUAGCAGAGUAUGUGCUGUUGGAGGAUUUUUCAUAUCCAUACCAAUAUUUCUAACCGGAAUAAUUCUCUACACCUUCACUCAAUUCCACUCAACACCAGCUAUAAUUACAAGCAUCCUAAUCGGAAUCGGUAUUGUAUUCUGUGGCGGAGCAAUGGUUCAUAAUGUCUUCAUUUGGCAAAAAGAGAAAACGAUAUGUGUCCGGAAUCAUUCUAUGAACAUGUCAGCGCUAAGCGCUAUCACACCUCCAGUGCAAUUUUUAAAUCAUUCCAAUUCUAAUCAUUUGAAUCUCAAUUCGACAAGCCAUUCCAAUGCACCAAUCCACCCCACAUCUGUAACCCCAUUAUCACCAAAUCAUUCACAUGGCAGUUUCAAUCAUUCCUGUGCUGCAGGAUUUUCCAUGCGUCCAUCAACGGCCACUCCACCAACUCCAAAAGUUCUCUCGAACGGAUGUGUUCCUGUAGGUGGCCGCGAAGCUAGUGGUUCGGUUAGUCCUGGCUUACCACAGACUUUAGAUAUGAGUAACGUAACCAGUACAUCACAACACGAACUAUCAACUUUAGUGUAAACAUAUUUUUAACUAUACUUACUACAUAAUUGUAUAACUCGUUUUAAUUAUUAAUUUAUCUUGCCUUAGAUUGUGGAGUAAAUCUAUUUUUAUGUUUCUCAAAUUCUUAUACUAUGUACCUGAUGUGUUGUCAAUAUAGUUUUAUGCAUAAGGGUAUUCUUCAAAAGUUAAAUACAAAAAGUUUGUAUUGAAAAUUAAACUUGCCUUAAGCUAGGUAAUUCUCUUAAUAUAAGUUCUGUACAUACAUAUACAUAAAUAGUUAAGUCCAAUAAGUAUAUUUUUUGUAGUCUAAGAUAUUUAGGUUAUAUUAGGUAUUAAAUAUGUAAGCUUUAACUAUUAAAUUAAAAAUGUUUGUAGACUACGAUAAAUACGAUUAUACAACGACUUAGUACGUCUGCUAUAUGUUUUGUAAAAUAUCGUUUGAUAGAAAUAAAUUCAAAUGUC